AUGUCUACCUUUACAGCCCUCAACAUCGAACCAGAUGACCAAAUCGAUGACGAAGUCGAUAAUACAAAGGAACUACAGAUUGAAGAAGGGUUGAAAUUAUAUCAAGUCGCCCUUAAAUACCAUUCCCAGGGCCCAGCUGGCUUUUCGCAGGCCGCAGACGCAUACACCACCCUUUUCAAUUCCGAAAUAUUUAAAUACCCGGAAAGCAUUACCGAAUUUGACCGAAUAUGCCAAAAUCCAGAACUGGAGCUGGUAGACCCGUCCUUCGUGCUCGAUCUCGACCUCGCUGGUGCUGGCGCGGACGGAGCUCCAAGCACACUCCCCCAAAUAUUAUACCUCUCAUACAAAAACCACGGGCAGUUUAUAUUAGAUUGUGUGAAGAGUCAAAUACCACGUCCCGGUCCCUCAGGAAGCGAACCUUUCGACAUAUCCUCCGUCGACCAUCAGGCCAGAGCUGCUUUAAAUUAUUUUACUUUAGCCCUAGCCAGUGAUCCAUCGGAUACGGAAUUAUGGCGACGAGCAGCGCGCGUAGCGGCGACUUUGGGUAGCAGGAGGGUUGCUAGGUACUGUCUUGAGGCUGCGGUAGAAGUGGAUGACGAUCCCACAGUUGCUGAAAUUGAUCCUGCCUCGUUAGAAGAAGGAUUUGCAGGGGAACAACUGAAAGAACAACUUCAAGUCCUGGGCGAUGAUACUGCUUUAUCCCACCCUGUUAUGGCCCCCUUCUUGAAGAAGACAAUGCCGAGCUACCUCACAAAAUAUAUGGAUCCAUAUGCAUUUUUGCCGGAUCCAACCAAAUCUCUUGGUGGCAAUAUCCCAGGCGUGUUAGACGAUACGGAGCGCGAGGGUAUGGAAGUGGAUAAUCGUUUUGUUAUUAACUGUCCCCAGAGAGGAUGGACCGCUAUUGGGGAUGCGAUAUGCACUGCUUUUCUCUCGUCACAUGGCCUUUCUGGUACUGGUAUUCUCCUCACUGUUCCCGACGAACACGAUGCUGAAUCCGAACCCACGGCCGCCGAAGAUCAAAUCAUGAAGGAUCCUGAGACAAUCAAAUCACCGAGUGCCGAGAGCAGUGAGGCAACAGUUGCUACCCAUGUUACUGGUAAACCGGACGACCCUCCUGUCACCACUAUAACUACUACUACGAUCGUACCUCUUUCAGAUGAGAGCCGUCGGCAGUCAAGCGUUGCUCUGCCCACCAGGAAACGAUCUCAAUCUGCAGCUGGUAUCUGCGAGACACCAGAAGAAGAUAAUGGCACCCAGAAGCGUAGCAAGCGCAUUAGAAAUCGUGACAAUACGGAGGGUUCUGUCGAUCCAGCUACUCAGUAUGCAGAACAACUCAAGCCCUAUGUCCAAGCCGAUGGAGACGUAUUCUCUUUCCUCGGUAGACUCCUCAAUAAGUUAGAAGUGUAUGAUCUCGAACCUUUUUCAGAGUUGCAAGCUGCUUUGUCAAAUGACGACAAAUCCGACCAUAACGAGGCUUUGGCCAAUACUGCCAUCAGAGACUUGCGAGAUAUUCUCAAGGCUUGGGAUGAUGAUAAAGCGUCAACCUUCUUAAAUGCGAAUGCUGCAGACAUUUUGGGGUCGUCUGCUGCUAGCGCAAACGCCGGCCUUGCUGCCUUUCUUGAACACUCCAAAUCAGGACCACUGAAAUUCAGCAGCAUUCCUCCAUUUUCUGAAUCUGAAGGGGUAUCAUCGUUUGUCGCAACGAUCCGAGACCAGUGGACUUCGCUUCAAGACGUGAUUUACGACUGGCUUCUUGCAGUUCUGCGGACCUACCGAGGAACUUUGUGGUCUGAAGAUCUAAAGGUUGCCAUCGUCCGGAUCAUUACCUUUGCAGAUGCAGAUAUCUUCAAUCGAUUUCAAGAAGAGAUGGAACGUGCCAGGAGCGGAUCUGGACACGAGAGUGACUCGGCACAGUUGGAUGAGCUAGCUCAAACCUUCUUCGAGCUCCACCUUGACAUUUAUUCUCGCAUCACGAACCCUAAUAGUAUUGUGCAAUACGAGACGCGGGUAAUUACCAAAGAGCGGCUGGAUAGGUGGGCAGACUUGGCGGCGAGUGUCCUUCGAACCGGAAAGUACGAUGCCAAUGAUGAGAUCUCCCUAAGAUAUAUCUGGGCUUCUGUCUUCUACGCUACCAUGGCAGACAAUGUAUCCCGCGAGCACAAAGUUCUCUGUUGGUCUGAUUUGCGGACUCUACUCCAAGACGCCGGCACUCAACCGAUUGAGCUCCAAAACGACGACGUGAUGCCAGAGAUAUCCGUCGAUGCAGCUGAACGUGAAGUCUCAAGGCUCACUACAAUGGACUUCUUCUUCAAUCUAUUCCAGACUGACACAUCAGAUCCCGUGGCUAUUAUCGAGACAUUGGAGCCAGUCUUGGAUCCCGAGUCAGCUUGCCAGCGACCACAGCCUGACGGCGAUACUGGAGCUGGCGUGGAAACCAUGGAUACCACGCCAGCCGCCCUACGGGAUAUGUGGAAGUUCUUGAAAGCAGGGAGCACCUCACUACGUCUAUUCCUGUGGCAGAGACUCCGAGACGCUUAUUCAAGCAUUGGAUACAAUACGAAGGUCUUCUCUUGUCACCUGAAAAGCAUUGAAAUUAUUGUUGGCGACUUGAGGACAGACGACUAUGUUGAUAGCGCGGAUGAGCCUCGUCGGCACAGGCUGUUGACGUGGCUAAAGGCUUUAGAUGACUUAUUGGUGAAAUCUCUCACCAUUGCUCUCAAUGAUGCAGCCACCUGCUUCGAGAUCAUUGAUGACAGACAUAUCAAGACGACCUGUGCCGCCCUAGCGCAGCUAACAACGGUGCUUCAUACCGCAGCUAUCUUCGAUGAUGAGGUCAGAGUUGGCAUUACACAGUUACCUCAAAAUCCGGCCUACUCCCCCCAUGGAUCAUUCACUGGCUUUGCGAACAAGCUUCGCGAGAUGCAAGUCCGGACAUGGUCGUUGCAGUAUUGUAUGGUCAAGGAAGCCAUGGCCCAAAAUGCAGAACUCUUUCCAGAUCGGAGUAAUGAUCUUGCAGAGUUCUUAGCACUUGUUCACAAUUGCUUAGGGCUGCGGAAAUUUUGCAAAGCCUCGAACAAGAUCUUCUUAAAAAUGAUGAAGAUGGAAAUGCUCCGUCUCAAGGAAGUCGACAGGUGGGAAGAUUAUCUAGGCCAAGUCCUCUAUGAUCUUUAUGCCAUCCGUCUCGGCGUAGGAACAUAUCCAUUGGAAGACCACGGCUGCCCCACCGAGCCACUUGACAGACGAACUGUCCUCAGCAUUGCGGACCACGUUAUCGCUUUAGCGAUCCAGAUGCCAAUGAAAGAUCUCCUCAAGCAUGAGCUGCGCUCUACCAUCGAGAAGAUGCAGGCAGCUGUUGGCCAGGCAAAGUCCUCUCCACAAAUGUUGCACAAUCUCCGGAACUAUUCCGAUUAUCUAAAGGGUUCAAUACGGCCUUUGGAUAUGUAUAAGGCUUUGAAAGGGCAGCUCCAAGUUGAUUCCCUACCUGUUAUUACGCCAGAGAGUUCACUUGCAGAUAAAGGUUGGUAUUUCUUACAUGGUAUCAUCGCCUUGACAAAAUUUCGCUCGCAAAGGCGCCUUGGUCCGGGUGCUCAGCAAGAUGAUCUGCGAGUCAGUGCGAGUUUCAUUAGAUUGCAGCUGCAAUUCACUCCGGAUGAUUGGGAGACCUGGUAUCGCCUCGCCCAAUGCUUUGAUUACGAAUUAGAGGAGGAGGUUAUGUGGAGUGCGGAUAAGAUAAACAAUCACCGAGCAGAGCUCGUCAAGCUGCAACGUAGUGCCAUCCACUGUUAUGUGAUGGCACUGUCAACUGCGGUUCGGACUGCUGAUGAUUCUCCCGCCACAGCCGAGAAGCUCUCGGAGAUGUACUACGACUUUGGAAUGCGGUUGUACGCUUCAUCACGCGAACCCUUCGGUAUGGAAGCCUUCUGGGUAGACGAGUUUGAAAAGCAUAUGAGUGGCUCCACUGGCAUGUACAAAAAGCCUUUACAUGACGAGAUGAGCCGCUACCGGGUUUGGAAGUAUGCCGCUACAUUGUUCAGAAAGAGUCUAGCGGAUCGGCCUAAUCAUUGGAUGAAUUAUUAUAUGCUUGGGAAAUGUUUGUGGAAGAUGUUUUGCAAGGCUGCUGAUGAAUGGGACCCGCAAGUCCAAGCCACUAAGCCAUCCAUGGAGUCGGUCUUGAGUGCCCUCAUCAAAACCAUCGAGACUGUCCCAAAACCAAGAGAUGGUCGCCAAGAACCAAUUCUUGAACCUCACUAUAAACUAGCUUCGGUUGUCCACAAAUUAGUCUUGCUCGGAGCAAUGCAACCUCAAGCUGCGGCCGAUCUAUUACAACGGCAACCAUAUGCUGUUGACAAAGGAGAGCAUAUCGAAGUUCAUGAUCAGGAGGUGUGGGAGUCGUUUAUACUGAAAACCAUGCGACAUCUACGAAGUGCGGAUAAACAGCAUUGGCAUCAUCGCAUGAUCGCUCGAGUAGCAAACAUCUUGUAUGAUGAAGAGCAUCCCGACUAUGUGCAGGCAUCAGCUGCACGUCACGAGUUCCGCGAGUCUAUUUUCACCAAAACUAUGCACAUCCAAGUCUGGAAGCCGGAUGCCGAACGACCAGGACGGCAUUGCGUCUACAUGGAACGAUAUGUUAGAUAUAUUUGCAAGAUCCUCUUAGUCCUCAAUGACAAAACCAACAUGGAGCAAUUGGCAAAACGUGUCCGGAAGAAAGCACCCGAUUUCCACCGCUUCAGCGUCGUGUGGAGUGAGGUUUGCACAACCUACUUGCGGCUUAUUCGACGGGCGGCCAACAUCCCUGCCAACAUGGACGAGGUGUUCAAGAGCGUCCCUCAUGAAGAGUUUGAGGAGUUUUCCGACCGGCUCAAUGGCUGGGUCACAGACCCGACAAUAUUACACCCAACAUUAGAUGCUCUACGGGAGACCAUUGAACUCAAAAAGCUAAAUGCGAAUCAAAUGAAGCCAGCACCCAUUGAUGAUUUGAUUAAUGAUGCGUGGGCUGUUCUGUACACCCAAGUUGCAAAGACUCUUCCAGGCCCUGAUCCAGCUCUAAGACCUCACGCUGAUGGGGAGAUGGCAACAGGCCCUCGACCAAUGGGACGAAUGAGUCUCAACAACCUCGUCAUGGAUAUGAGUGGGACGCAGAUUCCUGUACCAGUUACCUUCGCUGGCUCAGAGCCUUCCCGACCUCGAAAGGUUGGCAUCAGCAGACGAGAAGUCUUACGCCGAGCAGAACUAGCUGUGGGUCGCAUGUCCGAUGUUUCUCGCACGCCUGCACCUUCUCGCCCGAUGUUGUCUGAACCUACAAUGAUUCUAGGCUCGAACGGAGAUCUAGAACAAAUCAGCGCCCCAGGUCCCAGGACCAAAGGUGCCACUGCUCAAGAAACCGAAGAGAAGAGCGACGAUAGCUCUGCUCCUGGAAGCGUACAUGACAGUGCAGAUGAUGAGAGUGAUCUGAGUGAUGUCCCAGACAUGGAUGAUGCAGACCCCUCGAUGAUUUUCCCCAACCUCAUGAAAAGUGAUGAGCCUAUGAAUAGUAGCGGAGGUGAGGGAACUGGUACGCCAGCGCCAGAAUGA